AUGCCCAUGUCGGGUUCUACUCCUCCGAUCGCUAUUUCCGAUCCCAACGGUAUUCAGGAGCUCUGUACUGAUGGCACCUAUAACCUCACUGAACUCGGUCAUUGUGCCGAAACGCUGGACCAGAAUCCAAUCAAUGUAUCUGUUGUUCCUUAUGCUGAUAUAUUCGAAGGUCUGGACUAUGAAAGGCCAUCAACUUCUCAGCGAAGUGGAAUUUCCCACGCGGAUCACUCGUAUAGGAACGUUGAUUGUGGAAGUCGUGUCGAAGAUGAAGAUCAAGACAUUCAAAAGUUUUAUUACAUGACAGAAGAUUCAUUUGAGGAUGUCAUCGCUAAGUUGGAGGAAGAAAUUCGAAAGGAGGAGGAGGAAGCUAAGGAAAAAGUAGCAGCCACGGAUGAAAUAAUUAAGGAGAUGGAAAAGGAUGCAAAGAAUUUCAUUCACGUUCGCGAGUUGAUGAAAAAACGGGAUAAGCACAAUAAGGUUGCUGCUGAAGUGAAGGAAGAGAAGAAUCGUAUUAUAGAGAUGAAACGACAGUUGGCAAUUGCCAAUAGGAAUACGGCCAUGUUUUGCUGCUUUGUAUGCAGCAAAGUUUUCCUGGACGAAGAACAAAUGCGUCAGCAUGUCUCGGAACAACAUCUGGCGUCGAAGAAGCGCCAUAAGUACUACUGUGGAGCAAAGGAGCAAAUAGCAGAAAGACGACGGCGAGCACGUGAGGAACUAGAUGCCAUGUCGUCAGUUACUUCAAUGAGCAGUCCGCCUAGAUCAGUUAUCUCAUCUUCCUCCGGUGCUGCAAGUACCUUAAGUAUAGGGAGUGCUUCCGGUCGCCCAGUCAAAGAUAAGUCGUGCCCUUUCUGUUUUCUGGUGUGUGCGUCAAUGCAGUCGCGAAGGCGUCACAUUGAGAGGAAACACCCAGAAAAACUGAGUGAUCCUAAAGUCGAUGAAUAUGAUUACGUCAAAGUUCUCUCCCCUGCUUUGCCUUAUGCCUGUAAUAUCUGCUCAAAAACCUUUGCCUCCCAUGCCUCCCUGAAUACACACAAGAAAAGGAUUCAUGAAAACGUGAAUGUGCAUGAGUGCGCCGUUUGUGGAAAGAGUUACCCACUUCCAAGCGAGUUACGUAAGCACAUGAGACGAGUGCAUGAGAAGAAUUUUGAAUAA